UGGGGUCCCCCCCGGGUUUUGGGGUGGGGAUUGUCUCCCGCUGGGUUUCAGGGUGCCCUGACCUCCCGUUCCCCCCCGCUCCCAGAUUACCACGGCGGCCGCUCCCGCAGGAAGAGCGUUCCCGGGGGGAAGCAGUUCAGCAUCAACAUGGACGCGCCGCCCGCGCCCCCCUUCCGGCCCUCGCAAGGCUUCCUGAGCCGCCGCCUCAAGAGCUCCAUCAAGCGCACCAAGAGCCAGCCCAAGCUGGACCGGACCAGCAGCUUCCGGCAGAUCCUGCCGCGCUUCCGCAGCGCCGACCACGACAGGGCCCGGCUGAUGCAGAGCUUUAAGGAGUCGCACUCGCACGAGUCGCUGCUGAGCCCCUCGAGCGCGGCCGAGGCGCUGGAGCUGAACCUGGACGAGGAUUCCAUCAUCAAGGCCGUGCACAGCAGCAUCCUGGGCCAGGAGUUCUGCUUCGAGGUGACGACGGCGUCGGGCACCAAAUGUUUCGCCUGUCGGUCGGCGGCCGAGAGGGACAAAUGGAUCGAGAACCUGCAGCGUGGGCAACUGGUGAGAAUGGGGGUCGACAACAGCCGCCGCGUGGACAACGUGCUGAAGCUGUGGGUGAUCGAGGCGCGCGACCUGCCGCCCAAGAAGCGCUACUACUGCGAGCUGUGCCUGGACGACAUGCUGUACGCGCGCACCACCAGCAAGGCCCGCACCGACAACGUCUUCUGGGGCGAGCACUUCGAGUUCAACAACCUGCCGGCCGUGCGCACCAUCCGCCUGCACCUCUACAAGGACACCGACAAGAAGAGGAAGAAGGACAAGAGCAACUACGUGGGCAUGGUGAGCAUCCCCAUCGCCAGCGUCACCGGGCGGCACUUCGCCGAGCAGUGGUACCCCCUGAGCCAGCCCAGCGGCAGCAAGAGCAAGGCCGGGUGCCCGGCGCUGCGGGUCAAGAGCCGCUUCCAGACCAUGAGCAUCCUGCCCAUGGAGCUCUACAAGGAGUUCGCCGAGUACGUCACCAACAACUACCGCAUGCUCUGCGCCGUGCUGGAGCCCGUGCUCAGCGUCAAGAGCAAGGAGGAGGUGGCCUGCGCGCUGGUGCACAUCCUGCAGAGCACCGGCAAGGCCAAGGACUUCCUGUCGGACAUGGCCAUGACGGAGGUGGAUCGUUUCAUGGACCGGGAGCAUCUGAUCUUCCGGGAGAACACCUUGGCCACCAAAGCCAUCGAGGAGUACCUGAAGCUCAUCGGCCAGAAAUACCUCAAGGAUGCCAUUGGCGAGUUCAUCCGUGCGCUCUACGAGUCGGAGGAGAACUGCGAGGUGGACCCCAUGAAGUGCUCGGCCUCCACCCUGGCCGACCACCAGGCCAACCUGCGCAUGUGCUGCGAGCUGGCGCUCUGCAAGGUGGUCAACUCCCACUGCGUGUUCCCGCGGGAGCUGAAGGAGGUGUUCGCCUCGUGGCGGCUGCGCUGCGCCGAGCGCGGGCGCGAGGACAUCGCCGACCGCCUGAUCAGCGCCUCGCUCUUCCUGCGCUUCCUGUGCCCCGCCGUGAUGUCCCCCAGCCUCUUCGGCCUCAUGCAGGAGUACCCCGACGAGCAGACGGCGCGGACGCUGACCCUCAUCGCCAAGGUCAUCCAGAACUUGGCCAACUUCACCAAGUUCGGGAGCAAGGAGGAGUACAUGGCGUUCAUGAACGAGUUCCUGGAGCUGGAGUGGGCCAGCAUGCAGCAGUUCCUGUACGAGAUCUCCAACCUGGACACGCUGACCAACAGCACCAGCUUCGAGGGCUACAUCGACCUGGGCCGCGAGCUGUCCACGCUGCACGCGCUGCUCUGGGAGGUCAUGAGCCAGCUCAGCAAGGAGGCGCUGCUGAAGCUGGGCCCGCUGCCGCGGCUGCUGACGGACAUCAGCGUGGCGCUGCGCAACCCUCACCUGCAGCGCCAGCCCAGCCAGGGCGAGCGGCUGCCGCCCAAGGGGCUGGUGCUGCGCGGGCCCUCGGCCGACCUGCAGCCCUACCUCGUGCGCGACCUCAACAGCUCCGUGGAUCUCCAGUCCUACAUGGUCCGGGGGCUCAACAGCUCCAUGGACGUGCCGCGCCUGCCGUCCCCGCCGCAGGAGAAGGGUCCCCCCGAGGUGCUGGUGCUGAGCCGCCCGCCGCUCGCCCGCUCCUCGCCCGCCUACUGCACCAGCAGCUCGGACCUGACCGAGCCCGAGGGCGGCCGCGGGGGCGCGCUGGGGGUCGGCAAGAGCGUCUCCAUGCUGGACCUGCAGGACGGACGCGUGGACAGCAUCCCCAGCCUGCCGGCCGAGCUGCUGGCCGGGGGCGCGGCGCCGGGGGGCGCGGGCCAGGGGGGGCUGCGGCCCGGGCGGCUGUCGCAGGGCAGCGCCUCCAGCCUGGCCCCGCCGCGCCUCGGCGUGCCCGAGCCCGGCGGCCCGCAGCUGCGGGGGCCGCUCUCCUUCCNGUGGGGGAUAUGGGGACGCUGGGACAGGGGGACUUUGGGUGCGUCGCAGACGCCGUCCACGCUGAACCCGGUGCUGCCGGCGUCCGAGCGCACGGUGGCCUGGGUGUCCAACAUGCCGCACCUGUCGGCCGACAUCGAGAGCGCGCACAUCGAGCGCGAGGAGUACAAGCUCAAGGAGUACUCCAAGUCCAUGGACGAGAGCCGGCUGGACCGGGUGAAGGAGUACGAGGAGGAGAUCCACUCGCUGAAGGAGCGGCUGCACAUGUCCAACCGCAAGCUGGAGGAGUACGAGCGGCGCCUGGUGACGCAGGAGGAGCAGACCAGCCGCAUCCUCCUGCAGUACCAGCAGCGCCUGGAGCUCAGCGAGAAACGGCUCCGGCAGCAGCAGCAGGAGAAGGACUCGCAGAUCAAGAGCAUCAUCGGCAGGCUGAUGCUGGUGGAGCAGGAGCUGCGCAGGGAUCACUUGGGCGCCCACGACCCGUCCGAGGGCCGGCGGCGGCUGCUCGACGCUCAGCUGUCCGUCAGGUAGCGCGGCCCGGCCCCGCCAGUGGCACCGGACCCUCGGCCACCGGUGACACCCCAGGUGGGUCCUUGUCCCCUCCCUGUCACCCCCCAGGCCGCACAGGGGGACCCUUGGGGACACGGAUCCGAGAUGUCCCCAAGGCCCUCUCGUGUCCCCGGGGGACACUGGGAACCCUUGGGGACAUGGAUCCGGAAUGUCCCCAAGCGCUCUGCUGGCCCCAAGGGACACUGGGGACACUUGGCAGGUGUCCCCAUGUCCCU